ACCUUCCACAGUUUUUUUUGCCCUUGUUUACAGUUGCCUACAGUGUGGCCACGCCCUCUGCCGCACCUCCCGCUUUUGAUAGGCUCUCGUUAUUCAUUCCGCUUCUCACUGGGGGGACGUAGGCGGCGACUUACACCCGAUUGGCUGAGCUGUCAAAGGCACAGAAGAGGCUGUUCUGCCUCCUCCAACAUGGCGGUAGCCGUGGUUGGGUUGCUGCUUCUGGCUGGGUUCGGUGACACCUUGGUUGGCUCAGCGCACGUAGACGACAAUGUUGAAGCCCGGGUGUUGGGGCUACGACUGGAGGAAGGAGCUGGCGUGUCAAUGAGUGGCGGAGUGAUCAGGGCUCGCCCCGGUUCUUCCUUCCGCCUCCGUCUUUAUGGAUCAGGGCUACGAAAUGACACCUGGCCUUGGGUAUCCAUUGGCAGCCCCGGAAACAACACAUGUUCCCCAGGGUCAGACUCGCCGCUCCAACUGCUGCAAGAGUUCCGAGUGUGCGGCGAGCACUCAGGUCUGGUCACUGUGAGGGCUGAGAAUGAAAGCGAGGGGCGGGGCCUUAUGUACCCCCUGUGCACCCGCAAAGGAAACAGCUGGGCCCCAUUCCCCGGCGGAGACACACUCAUUACAGUCCUGGGGGUUGGUGAGGAAGAGGAGAAGCCCCCCUGGCGAGGAGAUGAACAUCAGUGUUCCUUGGGCUCCUUCAACUCCCGCUUGUUUACUUUUAGGGAUGAAGCUCCCUCGGUAGAACCCCCAGAAACUGAUGCAAGGCCCUAUUUGUCUUCCUGGCUCCUGGCUCUCCUCAUUGUCCUGUGUGUCCUUCUGUCUGGCUUGCUCAGGGGGCUGCAGCUCAGCACUCUAGCCUUAGAACCCCCAGAGCUUGGCCUGCUGAGAGAUUGGGGAACUCCCAGUGAAAGACAUGGGGCCACUCGCUUGGACCCCCUGCGGACGCGCUGGGGCGGCUACACACUGAUCUCCAUGUUGGCUCUCUGCUGCCUGACCAACUCUGCUGUGGCUGUUCUGCUGUACCAUGCUAUAGGUUCACUACCUGCAGCCAUAUUCUCAGCCGCUGGGCUGCUUUUAUUGGCUGGUGAGGCUCUACCAGCUGCAGUAAGUUCUCGCUGGGGGCCCGUUCUAGCUCCCAAGUGCCUAUGGCUUACCCAUUUUUUCCUGCUCCUCGCAGGUCUCCUCUCAUUCCCUCUGUCGUGGCUUCUGGAGGCAGUGUUUGGGCAGGAUCCAAGCUGCUGCCGACUGAGAGUCCGUAUCUUGGAAAUGGCACGAUGUGGAGACCCUUACAGUGAAUUAGUGAGAGAUGAAUUCAGCAAGGGGGCCCUGAGGAAUAGGACAGUAGAGGAUAUCGUGACCCCUGUGGGUAAAUGCUUCAUGCUUCCCAGUGAUGCCUUUUUAGACUUCAACACCAUGUCCAGCAUCAUGGAGAGCGGCUAUACCCGCAUCCCAGUAUACGAGAACGAGCGCUCCAACAUUGUAGAUAUCCUUUAUGUCAAGGACUUGGCUUUUGUGGACCCGCAAGACUGCACUCCACUGAGUACCAUCACUCGCUUUUACAGCCACCCUGUCCACUUUGUGUUUAGUGACACCAAGCUGGACGCUGUGUUGGAGGAGUUCAAGAAGGGCAAGUCCCACAUGGCCAUCGUACAGAAAGUGAACAAUGAGGGAGAAGGAGAUCCUUUCUAUGAAGUUAUGGGACUGGUAACCCUCGAAGACGUCAUAGAGGAGAUCAUCAAAUCAGAAAUUUUGGAUGAGUCUGAAGACUGCAUGCACAAAGUAAAGAAGAAGAGGCAACCAGCACAGCCAAUACUAAUACCCCGCGGUGGGGAUGACUUGUCCUUCUUUAGAAGCUCAGAAGCCGAACAGAAGGUUAAAAUCUCACCCCAGCUUCUUCUGGCAACACAGCGCUUUCUGACUCAGGAGGUGGAUCUGUUUGGUACUUCCAGGGUUUCAGAAAAAGCCCUCUUGAAUCUACUAAAGUUCCCAGGAGUCACCCAGGAGGUGAAGUUUGAUGACAGUGAUCGUCUGUCUCCUGAGCAUUUUCUAUACCUACGCAGCCAGCCUGUGGAUUACUUCAUUCUCAUUCUGCAGGGAAGGGUGCAAGUGGAGAUUGGAAAGGAAGGGCUAAAGUUUGAAAAUGGCGCAUUCACCUACUAUGGUGUAGCUGCACUGAGUCCCUGUUUGUUAGGUCAUCAGUCCCCUGGUAUUCAGAACAGUCCUUCAGAUUCCAGUUUCUACUAUCCAGACUACACUGUGAGAGCCCUGAGUGACUUGCAGAUAGUCAAGGUCAGUAGGCUGCAGUAUCUGAAUGCAGUGCGGAACUCAAACUCACACACCACCACCCAGUCUCCAGACAGCAUGGAACUGAAGAUCCUGCCCAACAGCCAAACACAGCUGCUGAAUACCCGCAACAUGGAAUCAGAAAGCAGUAAAGAAAAACCAACAGAUAUUUGGCCACAGAAUGCUGGAGAGGAAGUGAUGAAAGAGGAAUGUCUCUCGGAUCCCCCGUACCAUGCAAGCGAACCUGGCACCCUCUCUCUCCCCCCCCCACAGGGACCUGUUACUAUAGCAGAGAGCAUUAUUAUGUCCUAGUUCCGUCCCAAUGCUAUGCCGCCAUAUUCUUUUAAAGAUAAAGUGCCCAAGCAUUUUCUGGCUCUCCCUUGCUGGCCAAAGGGGUCUUCACUUUGUGGUGCUGCAAACACAUUCAAGCUGGAAGGACACUGACCAAUUACUUCUCUCCCAAGAAGCAGCCUUGCUGGCACACGAGGAGCUCGGAAGACGUGCCACCGAUCUGUAAAGAAGCCGCAAGGUGUAGGGUUAAUAUUUUAUAGAAGUUAGAGACAAUUGUUCUAUGUUUAUUUUGUAUUAAGCUAAUCAAGGACUUGGGAGUGUGGAAAUUGUAAGUAUAUACACAUUAUGCCAUAGUCAUCGCACUAAUCUUUUUAGUCUGUGUGCACCGACGGUGCCAUGAAUUCUAGUGAGGGCAGUUGCGGAAGUCACAGACCUGUAGCAAACCUCGGUUUAUUAUAGCAUUUACUAGGAUGCGGUAAGCAUAGUCAGCAUAAGCAUUGCUUAAACUACACUGAGCAUGAUCAGUUCAUUUUGGAUGUUUGUUCGAUGCCAAGCUUGUAAAUGGCUGCACUGCUGCGGACAGGUCCAGAAUUAACAUCUAAUAUUGGACUGAGUACAUAGACUUAUGUGGUGCCAUACUGUCCUCUCCUACUGUGAAUACACUGAAGCUAGUCCAUGUCUUUUUAUACAAAGGAUAUUCCCGCUACCUUCCUGGCUAUCACCAUAGCCCCCCCAGUGCCAUGGAGCAGGAUAAGCAUGUUCUUAUGAUACACAGCCUUCUUUUCAAGGGUACGAUAAGACAGUUGCUCGUUUUUAAUACUAAUCCAAUUUUCAUCAACCAGAGGAAAUCACUCGCCUCCUACAACUAAACAUCAAUGUUUGGAUUUAUUGGAAAAUAUAAUGUUAUAUACACA